GGCCAGAUUAGCAGUGGGCUGAGGAGGCAAUCCCGCCAUCGCCUUACACCUAAUACAUACCUACAACAUCAAACUUCCUUUGAAACAUUCUUUCUUCUUUUUCCUCUUGCUGUUCAUCCUGUGUAAUCUUUACCGCAUACAAUUGAUAUAUCGUCGUUUUCGAGAUAAAGAGCCCAACUAAACUUGCUGUCCGCGUUUCCUACACAACCGACGGUCGCAAUUCGAUAUGGAUCAGAUGAUUCCUGGUGAUGGGGGCCGAAACCCACUUGAGGCCUGGUUUUGGGAGAUGCCCAUAUGCACGCGGUGGUGGACGACCGCAACAGUUCUGACGAGCGCUCUGGUUCAAUGCCAAAUGGUCACUCCGUUUCAACUGUUCUAUAGCGUUCGCACCGUAUUUCAGAAGGGAGAGUAUUGGCGAUUGUUGACUACAUUCCUAUACUUCGGACCUUUCUCGUUCGAUCUCCUUUUCCACGUAUACUUCCUCCAGCGCUACUCCCGACUGCUUGAAGAGUCUUCCGGUCGGUCGCCGGCUCAUUUCUCUUGGUUGAUGGUAUACACCAUGGCCUUCCUUAUCGUCCUGUCUCCAUUUGUGUCGAUGCCAUUCCUCGGCCACCCGCUAUCGUCAACCCUGGUCUAUAUCUGGUCCCGACGAAACCCAGAUACUCAGCUGAGCUUAUUAGGCUUGUUCGUAUUCACAGCGCCCUACCUACCCUGGGUGUUGAUGGGUUUCAGCCUUGUUAUGCAUGGGACAGUACCUAAGGAUGAGAUCAUGGGGGUUGUUAUAGGCCAUAUCUGGUAUUUCUUCUCGGAUGUGUACCCCCCAAUGCAUAACGGUUCCCGGCCUCUUGACCCGCCAUCGUGGUGGCGUCGACUCUUUGAGGGCCGACAGCAGAGAGACGAGACAGCUGAUGCAAUUAAUAACGAAUUUGCAGUGGCAGGAGGUCCAGAACUUGCUGCAGCUGACUUGCGAUAAGCAUGAACGACACAACUGGAUUCAGAUAGUGUUAGGCGGCUAUCAUUCACUCAUUCAUAGCGUUUUAGGUCAGAUUCCAAUGGCAUUCGGUUACAGUGGCGUUAUAUACGGGACGAUAAGAGGCGUUGAAGGUCAAUACGGGACAAAACAUAGCAACAAUACAGGCGAUGCCUUUUGUACAUACUAUCCAACCAACUCCUUGAGUUGCAUGUCUAUUAAGGUGCGGGAUUACUUGUUAGCCUAGCCUACCUACAACAGCUUUCAAUAGAAAGACUACUGAGUUCGAAUUUAUGGAAUAAUAAAAAAAUAACUAUCAACUCUCA